AUGCGCUUCACAAUCGCCGUCCUCGCCGCCGCCUCUCUGGCCACCUCAGCCGCGGCCGCUCCCCUGAACAUCUUUGAAGUCUUCACCGAGGGCAGGUCGUGCAGCGGCGCCGAGUACACCUGCGGCAAGCUGUUUGACAGCAAGCAGACGUACGUGUGCCAGAACGGAAAGUUUAGGAAAGGUGCCAAGUGCGCAAACAGCUGCAGCAAAUCGGGCGAGGGUGUCGUCUGCGAUUUGUGA